AUGUUUUUUCCUUUAUUUUUUAGAUGUUUUUCAUUCAUAAUUCUCCUUUAUUUUUUCCCUCUUCUUUUCGACUCCAUUUUGUUUUCGCUUGAUUUUUCUUGUUGCCUCAGGAUUUUCUAUUCUUCUUUUCUCGCUCUAUUUUCGUUUCGUUUUGCAUCUGUUUCUUCUCCAUUUCCGCGUUGCCGUCGUCUACGCCUCUUAUCACCUUGGUUCCGGCCAGCCGCUGACGAAAUAAGCUUCCGUUACCUUUUCGAAGUCAACAUUUUUAUUGUGUAUUUCUUUUUCUUCUUUUCAUAUCUUCUUUUUUUUCUUUCUUUUCACCAUCCUCGAUAUAUUUUAUGCAGGCUUUUAUUCUUUAUUUCCUUCUUUCUUUGCAACUUUCCAUUCUUUCAAGUCCGCUUCUUUCUUUCUUUCUUUUCACCAUUCUCAAUAUAUUUCAUGUACGAUGUUUUCACUUUUAAAAUUUCUUUCGUUCUUCCUUUCUUACCAAAUUUCCCGAUUUUAAAUCCGCUUUGUUUGUUUGUUUUUUCUUUUCUUACGUUCUUUCGUCCUUUUUCUUUCGUCCUUUCUUUCUUAUCAACUUUCUCAUUUUUGUCGAGUCAGCUUCUUUCAUUUUUCUUUCUUUCUUUUUCUUUCUUUCUUCUUUCUUUCGUUUUUUCUUUCUUUCUUUGCUUCAUUCGUUAUUUCUUUCAUUUUUUCACCAUACUCAAUAUUUUUCGUGCACGCACUUUUCUCUUGCAAUCUUUCUUUCUUUCUUUCUUUCUUUCUUUCUUUCUUUCUUUCUUUCUUUCUUUCUUUUGUACUGUUUUUUUCACUCUAUUCGCACUCUUUAAAGCCUACAAACCCAAACUGCAUUCCAUAGCUGUUACAGGACUGUGA